AUGGCUAGUGCAGACGCCGUGGGAAGCAUGGAGCACCCUCUCUCCCUCCCUUCUCUCCCCCCCCUCCCCUCGGAGCCUGGAGCCUGGACCACUGCCAUGAACAACCUGGGCAUCGUCCCUAUGGGGCUCAGUACACAGCCUCUCAUGUCCGAGCCUCUGUGUCUCCAGCGCUUCGACCCCAGCCUGCGCCUCCUGACGCCGCUGAAUCCUCUGGUGGGACUGGGGCUGGUCCACAGUCCGGGUCCUGGUCCUGGUCCCAGUCCUGGUCCUGGUCCAGAGCUGCCUGUGGUCAAAGAGAUCAUCCACUGCAAAAGCUGCACCCUGUUCCCGCAGAACCCCAACCUGCCUCCUCCCUCCACCCGCGACCGCCCGCCCGGCUGUCGGACCGUGUUUGUGGGCGGGUUACCGGAGAACGCCACGGAGGAGGUGAUCCGGGAGGUGUUCGACGAGUGCGGAGAGAUCAUGGCGAUCCGCAAGAGCAAGAAGAACUUCUGCCACAUCCGCUUCAGCGAAGAGUUCAUGGUGGACAAGGCCAUGUACUUGUCAGGUUACCGCAUGCGUAUCGGCUCCAGCACGGACAAGAAAGACUCGGGGAAGAUCCACGUGGACUUUGCACAGGCCCGGGACGACCUGUACGAGUGGGAGUGUAAGCAGAGACUGUGGGCCCGCGAGGAGAGGCACCGACACAUGGUCCAGGAGCAGCUGCUGAGGCCUCCAUCGCCUCCUCCCAUUGUGCACUACUCUGAGCACGAGGCCGGGGUGCUGGCAGAGAGGCUGAAAGACAGUCAGAACUUCAGCGAGGCCACGGCGGUGCUCUCCACGUGGAUCGAGCGCGGCGAGGUGAACCGCAGGAACGCCAACCACUUCUACUCCAUGAUCCAGUCGUCCAACAGCCACGUGAGGACGCUCAUCAACGACAAGGCCCAGUGCGACGAGGAGCUGGAGAGGGCCAAGGACGCAUUCAAGAGCUCCCUGUUCGCCAUCCUCACCCAGUGUAAGCUCUAA